AAUUGAUCAUUGUACAACAUAUAGCCUACACCUGUUCUGAUUGUUAACAUACUGUGCAGUAGACUUAUGGUGCACAUUAAUAGAGGGAUGUGUAUAGGCCUACAUUUUUUCUAGCUAGUUCACAUAUAAAGAUUCCUACUUUGUAUAUUAAAAAAAAAAAAUACGCGUAUGGACACUAUGGGCUCUAUCUUAUACACGCCUAUACUCUGCCUGCAGCGUGUGCUGAAAAUAUGCUUGAGAUAUGCGGAUACAGUGUUUCCCAUACAUCACUGAGACUAACUUUGUCCAACCACAGUUUCAUAAUGAACCGGAAAUGUAUUUAUGUAUGGAGCACAUUAAUUCACUCAGCUUACCCCCCUGGGCGCACAGUUGCACACUGCGUACCUGUGACUGGACUGGGUUCACUGGCCAGUCACAAUAUUUUAUCAACUCGCCACGAAUUCUGUGUCAAACACGUAAUAGCAAAGUGGCAAAGGUCGAGCGUUUUUAAAGGGGAUGGGAGAUGGCACUGGUUUUUGCAUGUUCGCCCAAAACACUCGCGACCGUUUUUCCAUCGGUCAAACAGCAAAAGUGGAUAUGGACAUACCCUAAAUACACGCGCGCCAUGCGUUUUAGACCGUGCGCGUUGGGCUGUUAAAAUAGAGCCCAUUAUGUGUAAGUCUAGCUUAUAUGAUGAGAAAAUAAAAUGGUGUCUAAUUUAAUGUGUCACGACUAUUAGACAUGUGAGCCAGUAAAAAAACAAACAAAAAAACAACAAAGAAAAAACAAUUAAAGCGGAUGCAGCUGCCAGCGUAACAAUAUUUUAAAGAUUUUUAAUUUUUUCUUUAAUGAUAUAUUUUAUGUGAUCUCUUUUCAGCUUUAUUUUAGGUCAGUCCUUCCCAGUGUAUGCCAUGCAUAUAUGUUACCGUGGACUCAGCCCUCUGAACAUGGUUGUAGUUUUCUGCUUUUUGUUUUUACCUUACAUUUUUUUUCAUUCAUACUACAACUUUAACGACAGAGCGUUCCCACUAACAUCACAACGACUUAUGGCAAAUAUGAGUCUGCUGGAUCGCUCAGGUACCGAUUGUCCUUCUGGCUUUUACACCAAAGAGGAGCUGAAGCCUCACCUUCAGAGGCCACUUCAGGAUUCUAUGGCACAAGGUGCAAAUGGGAAAGCCUUUGUGUUACAGCUAAUGAAUCCUGAAGAACAGGAUGAGAAAUUGCGUGGCUUUGAUAAAAACCAAUUCAAUCAGUUUGCCAGUGAUCGCAUUUCUCUGCAUCGUGACUUAGGCAAAGACACCCGCCACACAGAUUGCCUGGAACAGAAGUUUUGGCGUUGUCCUGGUCUCCCUACCACCAGUGUGAUCAUAGUGUUUCAUAAUGAGGCCUGGUCCACUCUGCUCAGGACGGUCUACAGUAUCUUACACACUGCUCCUGCAGCCCUGAUCACAGAGAUCUUACUGGUGGAUGAUGCCAGCACAGACGAUUGCCUGAAGACUCGCCUCGAUGAAUAUGUGGAGCAGCUGAAGAUAGUACGUGUGUUACGACAGAGAGAGAGGAAAGGCUUGGUCACAGCCAGACUGCUGGGAGCGCAGGCUGCACAAGGAGAGGUCCUCACCUUCCUGGAUUCUCACUGUGAAUGCUUCAAUGGAUGGCUGGAGCCUCUUCUAGCUCGGAUAGCAGAGCAGCCUACUGCUGUGGUGAGCCCAAAAAUUGCCAGCAUUGACAGAGAUAAUCUAAAAUUCAGUAAGCCACGCCCUGAAAUGCAUCAUUACAUGCGAGGGAAUUUUGACUGGAGGCUCACGUUUGGAUGGGAGCCCAUCCCCGAAGCAGAGAAGAUCCGAAGGAAGAAUGAGACACAUCCCAUCAGAACACCUACCUUUGCUGGUGGCAUCUUCUCUGUAUCUAAAUCAUACUUUGAGCAUAUGGGGACUUACGAUGACCAGAUGGAGUUCUGGGGAGGUGAGAAUUUGGAGAUGUCCUUCAGGGUCUGGCAAUGUGGGGGUCAGCUGGAGAUUAUUCCUUGUUCUGUUGUAGGGCACAUUUUCCGCAGACAGAGCCCCCACAAAUUCCCCAAUAGCUCGUCUAUAAUAAUCCGCAACCUGGUCCGCCUGGCUGAGGUCUGGCUGGAUGAGUACAAAUGGGUCUUCUAUCGUGCAAACAGAAUGGCUGCUUUGAUUUAUAAAGAGAAUUCAUUUGGAGAUGUCACUGAACGUCAUAAACUCAGGGAGAGAUUAAAGUGCAGGGACUUCUCUUGGUACUUGAAGAACAUUUACCCAGAGGCCUACGUCCCUGACAUAUAUGGAAGGUUGGAAAACAUUGGUUUGAAGUGCUGUCUGGAUGUGGAGAAGACAAAAAAGCAACAGAAGUCUGUCCAAAAGAUCAACUGUAACAAUACGUGUGGAACACAGUAUUUUGAGUACACCCCACAACAUGAAGUAUGGCUCAACCCUGACAAUGAGAUGUGUUUACAUGCAAAUCCUGGAAAAUCUCUGGUGUCUGUUGAACUGUGUCAAUUGAACGGAAAAGUAUCUGCACCACCACCUGAGCAAGUGUGGAUCUUCACACAGACAAACCAUCUGAAGAAUCCCUCAUCAGACAAGUGUUUGACAGUGGCAAGAGGACAGGUGAUCUUGACGAAAUGCACAUCAACCAGACUCAGUCAAAGCUGGAUCCUCAUCUAACUUUAUUCAUGUGUGUAUGUGUGUAAUCCUGCCAAUAGGUUAACUCCAGUGCAAGAUUGGGAAUGAAUCCACAAUCUUGGAUACAAAAAUGUUCAAUUGAAGCUAAUAUGAGGCUUCAGAGUCAAAAAAAAAAAAAAAUCAAAUCAAAUGAUAUCUUUCAAAGUUACAGUCUUUUUAGCACAAAAAUCCCUGUUUCUGAUGCUAUCUCUUCUCUGCAACUCAGAAAGGAAACACUGUCUGUCUUAACAUAAAGAGGGAAUUGAUAAAUUGAGACUGCUGAAGCCCCAUAUUAGCUUCGGCUGAACUUUAAAAGGCAUUUUGCACAAAGUGAGUACUGAUUAUAGAAACUCAAUUUAUUUUAACUUCAUGGUUGUCCAAAACUGUAAGGUUUUUUUUAGAAUGUUUCUUGUUGAUAAACUUAGUAAUUUUUUAAAAUAAAGAUAAAACAUUUGAAUUGUGUCUUUUUCCUUUCCAUAUAUUGUUUUGUUUUUCUCAUUAUUAUCCACAUUGUUGGAAAGAAUGAACUGCGCCCCCUGUACAGAUUUCAUUAAAUCUGUUUAUACCGUCAUUGUGGGCAAAAAGCAAGUCUUCAUAACGUAAAACAAUAAAUGUUCGAGUGAUAACAUGUUAGGUUAGGAAUAAAGUUAUGUCUAGGUGUAUAGGGUUAGGUGUAAGGAUUGGGGUUAGGCAAUGGUUGUGGUUAGAGCAUGGGAAGAUAUCUGAGUAGGCCAGACAGGCCACUGACAUCAGAGAAUAACGCUGCCAUGAAGAAAUUGAGAAAAACUUAACUAGGCCUUAAAACUAAACUCAGUUGUCGGUUUAUUACGUAGGCCUACAUCUAUUUAAAACUAAUGCAAUAUAUUCUAUAAAAGUCAUGCAAUAAAUCCUGUUUGCAAUGUUGACACGGUUAAGGGCUAUUGAUUCAACUGUAUUGUCAUUUGAAGUUGAACCAUUGUGUGUUUGUGUGUAUAUGUAUGUAUGUGCGUUGAGAGAGGAGGCGGAGGGUGAGACCACGCCCCCGUGUAGG